AUGAGAUUGGCUUUUACGACGGGUAUUUCAUGCAUACUCACGACCACGCUAUUCGUGAUACCAAUGUGCGUGCGUUUUGUUGAGCGUCAUUGUAAUUUGGAAGAACUUGCGAAACUUGUGGAAUUUUAUCCGCCGAUCAGCUGCAAUUUGAAUCCGGUAGCAGUGGUCAUCAUAAUCUGCGUGAUGCAAGAUGAUAUUCGGCAAGCAAUGCUCGCGUCGCUUCCGCCAUGUCUCCAACUAUUGUCGAAAUACACUUUGAAGAACGCGAACAUUCAUCGAAUUCAGCCUACAGUAAGCAUAAAGAAAAGCAGUGGAAUAUUCAAAUGA